AAAAUGUUUCCAGCGCAAGAGCGGUGAUAUAAACAUACACGCUGUUGAGGAGAGAACCACCCCACACUACAAAACCAAAAAAAAAGAAAGAAAAAAACUCUCUCCUUUCUCUCCGGUGGUGGUAUUGUAAGGGAAAAGUGUACUGUGCAUUGAAGGACUGAUAUAUCAGAAUCGAUUGCACUGUAAGGGCGGGAGGGCUUCGUAAUAAAAAUACAGAAAAUGGGCCUCUUAGACCUCUUCGUCACUGCGACAAUGCCGGUUCUGAAUGUUCUUUUGGUGACUGGUGUCGGAUCAUUCCUUGCAACAGGUUAUAUUGGUAUUCUUGUCAAAGAUGCAAGGAAGCAUCUGAAUAAUAUUGUGUUCUAUGUAUUCAAUCCGGCACUUGUAGCAACGAACUUAUCUCAAACAAUCACCAUGGACAGCAUGAUUUUGUUGUGGUUUAUGCCAAUAAAUAUCCUUCUGACCUUCAUUUUCGGUUUACUAUUUGGAUGGGUUGUGAUACAGAUAACCAGACCUCCUACACGAUUGAGAGCCCUAAUUUUGGGCUGUUGUGCAGCAGGUAAUUUAGGCAAUAUGCUUCUUAUCAUCAUCCCUGCUAUUUGUAAAGAAAAAGGCAGCCCGUUUGGAGAACCUGCUGCUUGUCAUACUUAUGGACUAGCAUAUACUUCUUUAUCUAUGGCUAUUGGUGCAAUCUUUUUGUGGUCGGUUGUUUAUAACAUAAUGCGCUUAUCGUCAAAUACCGCCGGAGGGAUGAUAAAUACCAAUGGCCACACUCAAACAGUACAGUAUCCUGAAGAAACCGAUAAGUUGAUCUCAAGCACCUGUACAGCUGAAACAAUUCCAACCAAUAAAUGCUUGGUGACUGGUGAAUAUGCUGACGAUUGUACCCUCCCUAUCUAUGAUGGCAGUGAAUCUUCCACUAGAGCAAAGGUUCCUAUUUCAGUAAAAGCAAGAAAAUUUGUGUUAAGAGUUUCUGAAGUAAUUGACAUGAAGAAAUUGUUUGCACCUUCGACUAUUGGCGUGAUUGUUGGGUUCAUUAUAGGAGUAAUACCUCAACUUAGAAAAGCAAUGAUCGGAGAAAGUGCUCCUCUUCGUGUUAUCCAGGAAUCAGCGGCUGUAUUGGGUGAUGGGGCAAUUCCGACUGUCACUCUAAUAAUGGGAGGGAACCUCAUAAAUGGUUUGCGAGGAUCAAGAGUGAAUCCCUCGAUCAUCAUCGGAAUUAUAGUUGUUCGUUAUAUUUUGUUGCCCCUAGUGGGCAUAGUCAUCGUUAAAGGGGCGGUUCGACUUGGUCUGGUGCAUGCAGAUCCUUUAUACCAGUUCAUUCUUCUGCUCCAAUAUGCUGUUCCACCCGCAAUGAAUAUAGGCACCAUAACACAAUUGUUCGGGGCUGGGGAGAGCGAAUGCUCAGUUAUCCUUCUUUGGGCAUAUUCUCUGGCUUCAGUUUCACUCACGAUAUGGUCAACAUUUUUCAUGUGGUCGGUGUCAUCAUAGUUAUUGAGGAUUCAAGUUGGGGGUCUGCAUAAUGCCCAUUUGUACCGGCAACUCUUUGUUGUAGAUUUGCAUGUCGAUCAGCGACGGCAUGGGGGGCACACUAUCAAUCUUGUGUAAAAAGGCCAGAAGAAACAAAACCCAACGGAGUAACUUUAUUCUUUGGAGACUACUGCAUAUUUGAGCUGCACUCUGUACGAAUACUGCCUUUAAAAGAAUAUCUGUAUAAGCACUGAAUGUUCACUUCUAUCGGCAAUUUUUGGAAGUAAAUCAAUUUUGAAAAAAAAGAAAAGAAAAA